AAUCCCGGACUCCCCGCCGAGCCGCCGCCCCAGACCCGCGGCCCCGGGGGUGGGGGGAGUGGGAAGGGAAGAGCUCAGCGCUGCGAUCCGGCUGACAUCAGCCGAUCCUCCGGCAAGACCCUGGGUCUCGGUGGCUUGGGGCUGGGAGGGACAGCGGCGGCGAAGAGCACGGUGGAUGUGCGUGUCCGGGAAAGAUCUCAAGUUGUGUGUGCGCCCCGGACCCGGGAGAAAAGGUGGCUGUCGUCCUCCUGCUCCCCGUCCCCUUCCCACUACCCUCAGCCAUGGGUAAUGAUCCUUGCUACUCAGGAUGGGAAGGUGAUACCCAGUAGGACCAAAAGGAUCCCUUUUGCUGACAGACACACCCUCGACCUGGUUCCAGGACUGUGGAUUGCCUGUUGUGACUUCACACCUUCAUUCCCACUUGUGGUCCCAGAACACUUCCUUUAGGCCCUUCUUGCCUUAUCUGGUGGAAGAUGGCAUCCAGCCUGACGUGUACAGGUGUGAUCUGGGCUUUGCUUUCCUUCCUCUGCGCUGCCACCUCUUGCGUGGGGUUCUUUAUGCCUUACUGGCUCUGGGGAUCACAGCUGGGCAAGUCUGUAUCUUUUGGUACUUUCCGGAGGUGCUCCUAUCCUGUGCAUGACGAGAGUCGACAGAUGAUGGUGAUGGUGGAGGAAUGUGGGCGCUAUGCCUCCUUCCAGGGUAUUCCCAGCACAGAAUGGAGGAUCUGUACCAUAGUGACGGGCCUAGGUUGCGGUCUGCUCCUCCUGGUGGCUCUCACUGCGCUCAUGGGUUGCUGUGUGUCGGAGCUCAUCUCCAGGACUGUGGGAAGAGUGGCUGGUGGAAUUCAGUUUCUGGGAGGCUUGUUGAUUGGUGCUGGCUGCGCUCUCUACCCCUUGGGCUGGGAUAGUGAGGAAGUACGACAGACCUGUGGCUACAUUUCUGGCCAGUUUGAUCUGGGUAAGUGUGAAAUCGGCUGGGCCUACUACUGCACAGGAGCAGGUGCGGCAGCUGCCAUGCUUCUGUGCACAUGGCUGGCUUGCUUCUCGGGCAAGAAGCAGAAGCACUACCCAUAUUGAGAAUGGAGCCACUGGGAGACAGCAGAGGAGAAGAUGGGCCACAGGGGCUUGAAAGGGCCAAAGCAUCCGGCAAAUUUGCAAAAGGUGGACUAGUGCUUCUAAACCAGUGCACUGCUAAUGAAAGGAAACCAAGAACAUCUUAUGGAAAGAAAGGAUGGUGUGCGACUUGUGAAAACAACGGAGGAUGGAAUGAUGGAGAAAAAGUGGACCAAAGGCUUACACUCUUGCAGGGUACCUGCUGUCCCUAUUCCACAGAGUAUUGUGGCAUGUCACACACAAAGCAAAUCUAUAUAACAGGCAGACAAAAGUCGAGGUUUGUUUUGUUUUUUGAAAAAAGAGAGAUACUCUGGAAAAUCCAAAGGGCUAGUAGAAACAGUACUAUCCUGGGAAGCAGGGUACUCCACAGAUGAUCCCUGAAAGUGAGGAUGCUUCUGGAAGCACAUGAGCACAUACCCACACAGCCAUGCACACACAUGUAGCCCAUCAUACACGCAGCACGGGAGACAUAGCAGUGCAUUGCUCCUCUGUCUUUUUUUUUUUAAUACACAUUGAAAAUACAGUAUUAUCACUUUACAAAGCAGCCAUUGAACUUAGUAAAUGGACCAAUAUGCCACUCAUGUCAGUAUUUUGUACCUCCUGCAUAAACUGUUCAAACCCUCAAUCCAUCUUCAGCGUUUACGCAGACUUUUAGAGUUAAGCCUUCCUAUUUCAAUUUCUUCCAAGGUAUGCAAUAUUUCUCUGAGUAGCUUCUGCUUUGAUAUUCUCCUGAAGAAAAAGGGGGUAACUUUCUACCCACUGUAGGAAAGAAUCCAGUUGAAAAUAGGAAGUCAAGAGAGACAUUUUUCAGUCAUUAGCUCGUGUUCUCUUUUGUCCAUUAUUGUACUGUGCUGUAACCACAUUUAGUUCAAUAUCCAUUUUGUAAAAAAAAUAUUGAAGUGCUAUUUUGUUUGUAUUUGAAAAGCUCUGUGAAUAAAUUCUCUCUUUGAUCAAUA